AUGGCACUUAACAAAUUAAGCAUCAAGAGUUUAGAAGUAGCAAACAAACGGGUUUUGAUCAGAGUUGAUUUUAAUGUUCCAUUAAAGGAUGGAAAAAUAACCAACAACCAACGUAUUGUCGCUGCAUUAGAUAGCAUCAAUUAUGUCCUUGAAAAUGGUGCAAAAUCUUUAGUUCUCAUGUCUCAUCUUGGACGUCCAGAUGGAUUACCAAAUUCAAAGUACUCAAUGAAGCCAGUUGCCGAAGAACUCCAGAAACUUCUUAAUAAGAAUGUUACAUUUUUGUCUGACUGUGUUGGCCCAGAAGUAGAAAAGGCUUGUGCAGAUCCUGCUCCUGGUUCAAUAUUUCUUCUGGAGAAUCUUCGAUUCCAUAUUGAAGAAGAAGGAAAAGGUGUAAAUGCUGCUGGAGAAAAAACUAAAGCUGACAAAGAAGAUGUGAAAAAAUUCAGAGAGUCAUUACAGAAAUUGGGAGAUGUGUAUGUCAAUGAUGCUUUUGGUACUGCACACAGAGCUCACAGUUCUAUGAUGGGUGAAGGUUUUGAAAAGCGUGCUGCCGGCAUCUUGUUGAACAAAGAGCUCACUUAUUUUGCUAAGGCUUUGGAUAAUCCUGAAAGGCCUUUCUUAGCUAUCUUGGGUGGAGCUAAAGUUGCUGAUAAGAUUCAACUGAUUGAGAAUCUUUUAGAUAAAGUUGAUGAAAUGAUUAUUGGAGGAGGUAUGGCUUAUACUUUCUUGAAAGAGUCAAAGGGCAUGAAAAUUGGUGAUUCUUUAUAUGAUGAAGCUGGAGCCAAAAUUGUUGGAAAAUUAUUAGAUAAAGCUAAUGCUCGCAAUGUUAAAAUUCAUUUGCCAGUUGAUUUUGUCACUGCUGAUAAAUUUGAUGAAAAUGCUAAUACUAGUUCUGCAACUGUUGAAGAAGGAAUCCCUGAAGGUUGGAUGGGUUUGGACUGUGGACCAGAAUCUAGGAAAUUGUUUUCUGAACCUAUUGCUCGUGCUAAGGUCAUUGUAUGGAAUGGGCCUGCUGGAGUUUUUGAGUUUGAUAAAUUUGCAUUUGGAACUAAAGCUUUAAUGGACGAUGUUGUUAAGGCAACUAAAAAUGGAACUGUUACAAUAAUUGGAGGUGGUGAUACUGCAACUUGUGCAGCUAAAUGGGGAACCGAGAGUCAAAUAAGCCAUGUUAGCACUGGCGGUGGUGCAAGUCUUGAACUACUUGAAGGAAAAGUCUUACCUGGAGUUGCAGCUUUGACUGAUGCAUAAUUUUUUUAAAUAUUCCUGGCGUGUUUAUUAUUUAUAAUACAAAAUGUGGCUUAUUUA